AUGGAAAGCCUAAUGACAGUCUCCAAAUUAGCCUCCAUCUGCACCAUGGGCGCCAAUGCCUUGGCAUUAGAGAAAGAGAUCGGUCCAGAACAGUUCCCAGUCAACGAGCACUAUUUUGAAUUAGUCAAUUUGGGGAAUACCUGCUACUGUAAUUCAGUUCUUCAAGCACUUUAUUUUUGUCGUCCAUUUCGGGAAAAAGUUCUAGUGUACAAGAGUCAGCCUAGGAAGAAGGAGAACGUUCUCACAUGCUUAACAGACCGCUUCAGCAGCAUAGACACUCAGAAGCAAAAGGUGGGAGUAAUACCUCCUAAGAAGUUCAUAACGAGAUUAUGGAAAGAAAAUAAGCUUUUUGACAACUACAUGCAGCAAGAUGCCCAUGAAUUCUUAAAUUAUCUACUAAAUACAAUUGCUGAUAUUUUACAAGAGAGAAAGCAGAAAAAGCAAAAUGGCCAUCUACCUAACAGUAUCAUUGACAGUGAAAAUAACAACAGCGCUCCAGACCCGACAUGGGUUCAUGAGAUAUUUCAGGGAACAUUAACUAAUGAAACCAGAUAUCUUACUUGUGAAACUAUAAGCAGCAAAGAUGAAGAAUUUUUAGACCUUUCUGUUGAUGUGGAGCAAAACACAUCAAUUACUCACUGCUUAAGGAUUUUUAGCAACACAGAUAACUGUGCAGUGAAUGAAUACAAGUAUUACUGUGGAGAAUGUCGCAGCAAACAAGAAGCACACAAGCAGAUGAAAGUUAAAAAACUGCCCAUGAUUCUAGCUCUACACCUGAAAAGAUUCAAAUAUAUGGAUCAACUUUAUCGAUACACAAAACUUUCUUACAGAGUAGUUUUUCCUUUAGAACUCCCUCUAUUUAACGCAACCAAUCCUUACAGAAUGUACGAUCUUGUUGCAGUUGUGGAAGGGUCAAAGGAUCUCAGACCUAGGAAACAUAAAGGUGGUCCCAAUCGAGUCCAUUAUAUUGCAAUAGUUGAGAGUCAUGAUUUUUGGUUGUUGUUUGAUGACGACACUGUAGAAAAAAUAGAUGCACAAGCUAUUGAAGAAUUGUUGAUGUCAGAUAUCACAAAGAACUCUGAGUCUGGUUACAUCCUUUUCUAUCAGUCUCGGGACUGA